AUGAGUAUGGAACACAGUGGAGAAACACUUUUAUACAGUCUAAGCACCUCUGAAGAUGGAUCAUUAUUAGCAGGUGCUUCAGAAGACGGUUCAGUUAAAUUAUAUAGACUGGACAAAGAAGGUCCAACUUUGCUUCAAUCCCUGUCCUUUCACAAGGCAGCAGUGUUUGAUUUAGUCUUCUACCAGCAGAGGAUCAUUUCGGCCUCUUAUGAUGGUACUUUAGCCUUUUGGAAAAGAGAUACUUUAGAUUAUGUUUUUGAGCGUUCAAUACCUGUCUUUCAAGGUGCUAUUAAUACUAUUUGUAUGUCUGGUGAUCAAAUCGUCUGUGGGUGCUCAGAUGGCAAAAUAAGAGUGAUUAGUUUAGAGGGUGACGUGCUUAAGGAAGUAGUUGGUCAUAGACAUGGUGUAACUGGAGUUUCAGCUUGGAAGGAGUACAUUGUAUCUGGGGGUAUGGAUGGUGCAGCUAAAGUAUGGAGUAAGGACUUAUCUCUGUUGAAAGAGAUAAAGGACCAUUCAGGAGCUAUUAGGGAUUGUCGGGCAGCACCAAGUCCGUACUCUUCUUUGGUCUUUGCAACCUGCGGUGAAGAUGGCCUGGCUUAUGUGUACACACAGAAGAAUAAGAUAGGAAAGAGUGAGGAUAAGGAUGAGAGUAAAGAUAAGGAUGAGAGUAAAGAGGAGGGUAGUGAGGAGAAAGAGGAGGUAAGUGAAGGAAGCGAGUUGGUCUUUGGGAAGGAUAAGCUGGAUUUGGGUGAACGGUGUGCUAAAGUAUCUUGGAGUAAAUCAGGGUACGCCUUGAGUAUUGGCUAUGGGACUGGUAAAGCUAAAGUCUUUCUUCCUAAUGGACCAACCGGAUGGAAGGAGUCGCAGGUUGUCCUUCCAUAA